CAAAGACCGGGCUUCAGUUCAAAACCAUGAAAGAUUGGGCUUAAUCACCAGUGGAAGCCCAAACAUGAAAUGAUCAAGUCUCUAAAAAACGCGAGCCCAGUUUCUUUACGAAAACGCGCAAAUACGCAAAGUAGCGUCAGUUUUUGACAUUUCAGAGCUGCUCUGAUUCUCAAGAUCAAAAUUCUGUUUCAUCAAAACCCACUAAAAUCCUAAUUUCCACGACUUCAAAUCCUCUCGCGCUCCCAACUCUUCAAAUUCCGCAGAAACUAUUUUCCUCACUCCCUAAUCCUCGUCUUCUAUCAACAAACCCACGCUAAAUUCUCUUCUGGCCUUCCUGAAACCUUGCAUCUGAUUUUUUUUUUUUUGGUUAUCAAUGGCGACGAGAAACCGGACCAUGCAGUUCAAGAAGCACAGAGAUGCGGUGAAGAGCGUGCGUUCUCCUCUAUCAUCGUCAGCUUCGAGUUCGAGAGGUCCUGUUAUUGAAAUGGUUAGCACUUCUUUUCUUCGUUCCAAUCAUACCUCUUAUGCUCCUCUUAGCACUGAAGAACCGGUUCCUUCCAGUGAUGCCUUUACCAUUGGUUUGCCGCCAGACUGGGUGGAUGAUUCCGAAGAAAUAGCUGCAAAUAUUCAACUUGUUAGAACCAAAAUGGCGGAGUUAGUCAAGGCUCAUGCGAAAGCUUUAAUGCCUUCUUUUGGAGAUGGCAAAGAAGAUCAACGAACGAUUGAGGCUCUUACUCGUGAUAUUACUGAUUUGUUGAGGAAGUCUGAGAAGAGAUUGCAGAAACUUUCUGCCAGUGAGUCUCCUGAGGAUUCAAAUGUUAGAAAAAAUGUACAGCGUUCUCUUGCAACAGACCUUCAAAAUAUUUCAAUGGAUCUUCGGAGAAGACAAUCAACGUAUCUUAAACGUCUGCAGCAGCAAAGAGAGGGAUAUGAUGGGGUGGACUUUGAGAUUAACCUAAAUGAGAAGAAAUUUAGAUAUGAAGAUGGUGAAUCUAGUGACAUGGGUUUUAAUGAGCACCAAAUGAUUAAGCUAAAGAAGAGCGAACAUCUAACUGAGGAAAGGGAGAGAGAGAUCAAACAGGUUGUGUCAUCAGUUAAUGAGCUUGCUCAAAUCAUGAAGGACCUAUCUGUUCUUGUGAUAGAUCAGGGUACAAUUGUUGAUCGGAUAGACUAUAACAUUCAAAAUGUUGCUAAUUCAGUGGAGGAGGGCUUUAAACAACUGCAGAAGGCUGAAAGAUCACAAAAGAAAGGAGGAAUGGUGAUGUGUGCGACAGUGCUGGUUAUUUUAUGUUUCAUCAUGCUAAUCCUCCUGAUCUUAAAGGAGUUAUUUUUGUGAUAAUAUUGUUUUACCUUAGCGUGCUAGUUGUACUUGCUCCAAACGUGUACUUUCUUUUUCCUUUUUUGCCACUAAAGGUUUGCUAAUGGGAAGAAUAGUCUGCUAGCAGUCCGGGCCUUUUUUGUCCUCAAUUUUUUGACGUUAUUUUGAAAGUCUGUCAGGCUCUCUCCAUAAUUUCUUUGAAGGAUGACUUUGUUGUAACAAAAAUUUCUUGCAAAUAUCUCAUUAUAAAGAAGCUAAAGGCAUAAAAUAUUAA